GUGGGUGUUGUUGUAAUUCAUACAUUUUUCUUUCUCUCUCCGAAGACCAAACCCCGGAGUAAGAGAGAGACACGCAGAGGAGAGACACGCAGAGGAGAGGACACUGAUUUGUAUCAGAAAAGAAAUUCCAGAAGAAGAAAUCCCCCCGAAACAAAAAAAACCUUUUCUUUUAAUUACAUGAAUUCAAACCCCAUUCAGAAGAAAAAUAUCUAAUAAAUUUGUUAGUAUUUAGUGUCAACUUAAUUUUAGGCAUAUUUAGAAAAAUAAAUCAACACAAAAUUAUUCAUUUCAGCUGCUACUCAAGAAUCUGUAAUUGUUGAUGAGCUUCAUUCUUUUCUUGGGUUUAAUUUGAGGAGGAGAUUGGAAAUUUUACACCUUUUGGUAAAAAGAAGCCUAGAGUUUGAAUUUGAGUUAGGGUUUUUGUUUAUUUCCAAGUGCUGCUUUCUACAUUGAUUCUUUAACUAAGAAAGUAUAAUAUGGGUUACGGUUGUUGAUGUUGGGUAAGGAUCUUAUUUGAUGGAAGAGCAACAGAGGGGAAGUUUUUGGGGUGGACCAAAACUUCCUCACAAUGCAAUCAUUGGUCUAAAAUAACUCGUUUGAUCCUCUGAGAUAGAUGAUCGAUCUGCGUAUGUGUUUUCUUUGGGUUUGAAGGUGUUUUCUUUGUAUCGCUGAAUUGUAAAUUAUACUAAAAGAGGGGGAGAAAAAUUGUUUCUUUCAUCAUCUUAGUUAUGUUCAGACAGAUACUAGGUAAGAUACCAAGGAAGCCGUCCUCCAAGGCGGGUCAACCUGGUGGAACUUCUGUUCCAUCUUCUAAUGUGUCCACUAAAAGCAGUAGUGCUGGUGAUAUAGCAAGUGCUACAAAAUCAGGAAACCCUGCUGAUUCAACUUUGGAACAAGGAUUGAAUCAAGGGAAUACAGUGAUGUCACAGAUGGCUAAUACAAGGAGUAAUGGUAGUACUGGUGAUUCGCCAUCUGCUUCUCCUUUUGAAGCAUUGCCUGGUUUAAGAGACGUGCCUAGCUCUGAGAGGCAAAAUUUGUUCACACGGAAGCUGAAACUGUGCUGUGUUGUUUUUAAUUUUGUUGAUCCGACAAAGAAUUUGAAGGAAAAGGAUAUCAAGCGACAGACAUUGCUGGAGCUUGUGGAUUAUGUCACUUCAGCAAAUGGAAAGUUCGGUGAAACUGUUAUGCAAGAGAUUAUGACGAUGGUAUCAAUAAAUUUGUUUAGAGUACCUACGACUCCACCUCGUGAAAAUAAAGUCGAAGCUUUUGAUGUGGACGAAGAAGAGCCUCUAAUGGAUCCAGCUUGGCCACAUUUGCAAAUUGUGUAUGAGUUCUUUCUAAGAUUUGUUGCAUCCCCGGAAACGGAUGCAAAGUUGGCUAAAAGAUAUAUUGAUCACUAUUUUAUUCUUAGACUGCUAGACCUUUUCGAUUCUGAAGAUCCUAGGGAGAGGGAAUACUUGAAAACAAUUCUUCACCGCAUUUAUGGCAAAUUUAUGGUACAUCGCCCGUUCAUUAGGAAAGCUAUCAACAACAUCUUCUACCGGUUUAUAUUCGAAACAGAAAAGCACAAUGGGAUAGCUGAGCUAUUAGAGAUAUUGGGCAGCAUAAUUAAUGGGUUCGCUUUGCCAUUAAAAGAGGAACACAAAUUCUUUCUUGUUAGGGUUCUAAUUCCUCUGCACAAACCGAAAUGUAUACCCAUGUACCAUCAGCAGUUAUCCUACUGCAUCACUCAAUUUGUAGAGAAGGACUGUAAGCUUGCCGAUACUGUUAUUCGGGGUGUAUUAAAGUACUGGCCAGUAACGAAUAGUUCGAAAGAGGUCAUGUUUUUAGGAGAGCUGGAGGAGGUUUUGGAAGUGACUCAGCCUCCAGAAUUUCAACGCUGUAUGGUGCCUUUAUUUUCCCAGAUUGCUCGUUGCUUGAGCAGUUUACACUUUCAGGUAGCAGAAAGGGCUUUGUUCUUAUGGAACAAUGAUCACAUUGAGAACUUGAUCAAACAAAACCUGAAAGUUGUACUGCCCAUCAUCUUCCCAGCCUUGGAGAGAAAUGCUAGAAAUCAUUGGAAUCAGGCAGUCCGAAGCCUGACCAUAAAUGUCCGCAAAAUCUUCUCCGAUGUUGAUCACGAACUAUUUGGCGAAUGCUUGCGUAAAUUUCAAGAAGAUGAAGCAAAAGAGGUGGAGACUAGAAUAAAGCGAGAAGGUGUGUGGAAGCACUUAGAAGAGAUUGCCACAUCAAAAACCGGAAGUAACUAGUUUAUGCUUUCAUUGCAUAGAAUUGUUCUUCUGUUAUCUUUGGGCUAGAGACAGACGGAUGCAUCUUUUUUCUGUCUCAGCAGACUCAGUUUUGCAAAUGCGUAAGGGUAACAUUGCUUAGGCAGUGGAAUACACAUUGUCUGUUGUUCACUUGUUUGUGGGGAUUUCUCGAUUGUUAUCGAUUGUUUUGGGGUGUCAGGUCCUUAGUGUCACGAACACCAUUCUUCAUGGAGAACACUGGACCUCGCCUCUGAUUUUAUACGAAGAUUGUAUAUAUGGAAGAUCAAAUGGAGUUUACAAGCUACCACACUUCACAUUCAUAAAGGAAGAGAGUUUAGUGGUUGUGGGUUAUUUUUCCUUUCUUUCCGCAGUUGUAUUCUAAGGAGCUUUGAACGAGACAGGUAUGUAUUUCCCUAAUAACAUAAUUCACAUUUGGUUCAAAUUUUGUUAAACUCCUCAUUCUUCCUUAAAUUUAUAUGUGGACCUUCAUUGUGAUCUAUCUUUGUUCCUCCGAGCAAAACCGUUGCUUUGGAUGAAUCUCCUGUUACUUGAAAUUGUAUUUCUUAUUUUCAUCAAAAUGUUAAUGCAAACAAUUGAUGCA